GCGGAGCGCGGGGUGCUGACGGUUGACUAUGACAGCGCGGCUGCAGCCCAGCACCACCGGCAGGCAGCACCAGCAGCAGCACCAGCACCAGGCGGGACACCACAAGGACGCCAACACCAAGGCCGCCCCCGCCAUCCGCUCCGACGGCAGAAGGGCCAACAAGCCACUGAUGGAGAAGCGACGCCGAGCCCGCAUCAACCAGAGCCUGGCCGCUCUCAAGACGCUCAUCCUGGACUCGGCACGGCUGGAGCAGAACACGAAGCACUCCAAGCUGGAGAAGGCGGACAUCCUGGAGCUGACGGUGCGCCACCUCCAGCGGCAGAAGGCGCUCGGCUCCAGUUCCGUGCUCUCCAAGUUCCGCGCCGGAUUCCAGGAGUGCGCCCGAGAGGUGGGCCGCUUCCUGGAGUCGCCCGAGGUGGUGCUGGCACCGCCCGAGCCGCACGCGUCGCUCAAGCAGCGCCUGCUGCGCCACCUGGAGAGCUGCGUGGCCGAGCUGGACCUGGACCUGGGGCUGGCGAUGCGCGCCGAGGAGAGCUCCAAGCCCGACUCGAGCUCGGGCCAGGCGCAGGCCCCGCUGCCCGGCUCCUCCUGCUCCUCCUCGUCCGCCUCCGCCUCGUCCGCCGCCUCCAGCACCGCCCCCGCGCCCGGCGCCCCCGCCGCCAGGGGCGACGAGAACAACAACCGCGGCCAGCGCACGCACAGUGCCAGCGGGAAGGCAUCCCCGGGGUCGCUGCUGGGUGGCCGCCUGCUGUCCGCAAGCCAGAGCCCGGAGCCCACGUCGCCGCUGGACGCCACCAACCCCCUGCUCUCCGUCGUACAGGUGAUUCCGUCGCGGCUGCCGGACGGCCAGCUGGUGUUCCUGCUACCGUCGCACUACGUGCAGCUGGCCGCCGCCGCCGCCGCCGCCCCCAUCACACAUUCCUCCUCUGCAACCUCUUUUGUCACUGGACCUGGCUCACUGGAAGUCCUUGCACAGUCCUCCAGGGUGGACGAAGCUGACGACGACGACGACCAGCCCGUCGACUGCUCGGUCGGCACGGCGGCUGCCAGGCUGUCCCCUGAGCCCGCGGAGGCGGCCAUGGACGCCGCUGGAGCGCUGGAAGCCGAGGAGGGUCCCGUCUGGAGGCCGUGGUAG